AUGGGCAAGAAAGAAUUCUUGAGACGUUUUAAGGUGCAAAAAGUGUGGCAACCAGAGUGUGCAGCAUUCCGGAGUCUGCUAAGCCAGUCAGUGAUUUCUUCAACAGAGAAGCUCCCCUCCAGAGGCUCUAAGCAUUUGAGGUUCACACCUGUUCCCUUUGUGGAUGAGAUGACCUCGUCAGCUCUGGUCAAUAUUAAUCCCUUUACUCCAGAGUCCUAUAGAAAACAAUUCCUUCGAUCCAAUGGCAAGAGGAAAACUCGAGGAGAUCUUGAGGAAGCUGACCCAGGGGAAGGCAAGGUAGAACAAGGGCUGCCUGCCAAGAGAUGUGUUCUACGAGAAACCAAUAUGGCUUCCCGCUAUGAAAAAGAAUUCUUGGAGGUAGAAAAAAUUGGAGUUGGGGAAUUUGGUACAGUCUACAAGUGUAUUAAGAGGCUGGAUGGAUGUGUUUAUGCAAUAAAACGGUCCAUGAAACCUGUUGCAGGAUUAUCAAAUGAGAAUUUGGCUCUGCAUGAAGUUUAUGCUCAUGCAGUGCUUGGGCAUCACCCUCAUGUGGUCCGUUACUACUCUGCAUGGGCAGAAGAUGACCACAUGAUCAUUCAGAAUGAAUACUGUAAUGGUGGGAGCUUGCAGACUGCUAUAUCUGAAAACACAAAGUCUGGCAAUCAUUUCCCAGAGCCGAAACUCAAGGACAUCCUUCUGCAGAUUUCCCUUGGGCUUAAGUACAUCCACAACUCUGGCAUGGUGCAUCUGGACAUCAAACCUAGUAACAUCUUCAUUUGUCAUAAAAUGCAAUGCGACUCUCCUGUAGUCCCAGAGGAGAUUGAAAAUGAAGCUGAUUGGUUUCUCUCUGCCAAUGUGAUGUAUAAAAUUGGUGACUUGGGUCAUGUGACAUCAAUAAGCAAACCAAAAGUGGAGGAGGGAGAUAGUCGCUUCUUGGCCAAUGAGAUUUUACAAGAGGAUUAUCAGCACCUUCCCAAAGCAGACAUAUUUGCCUUGGGAUUAACAAUUGCAGUAGCUGCAGGAGCAGAAUCUUUACCCGCAAAUGGUGCCAAAUGGCAUCAUAUCCGUGAGGGGAACCUUCCAGACAUUCCUCAGAAGCUCUCAGAAGAAUUUCACAAUCUACUCAAGAACAUGAUCCACCCUGACCCAAGCGAGAGACCUUCUGCAGCAGGUCUGGCCAGAAGUCGAGUUCUCCGGCCCUCCCUCAGGAAAGCAGAAGAGCUCCAGCAGCAACUUAACUUGGAAAAGUCCAAGACAGCCACACUAGAAAGGGAACUGAGAGAAGCCCAGCAGGCCUGGUCCCCCCAGGAAGAGCAUAGUGACCCUGGGGUCUCUGGGACCCCCACAGGAUCAAGAUGUACCAAACGCCUGGUAGGAGGAAAAAGUGCAAAGUCUUCAAGCUUCACCUGUGGGAAGUCUUCCCCAUAAGAACUCCCUUCACACCAACCCCUCUUUUGCCUUAGUGCUUCCAGAAAUAUUGACCGUGUCAACCUUCUUGUAAAUGGGAAGAUUAACCAACUUGAAUGCCCAAAGAUUUCAAUAACCACUCCUAAUUUAGCAUUUACAGCCAAGGUCCUCAAGCUAGUAAGGCCCUGUAUUAGCAACGUCCCAGAUACAAUAACUGGAAGCAUUUAUCUUCUCCAUUGAUAUAUUCCUAAGGCUACCUAUCAACAGUUUUUUCCCUUGUCACACUCACUGAUGCACAGUGGGAAAGCACGCAUCUCUGAACUGAAAGAGAAAGCAGUGGCCCUAGGCACGCCAUAUGGAAUAAGAGGCUGCUGUAGCUGGUUGCCUACUGAGGAACAGGGACUCUCCUUGCACAUAGAAAGGAAUAUAAUUUUGUUUUGAAUUGAGGUAACUGCUUUCAAGAAAUGUGCAUGUAUUUCAGUAAUGCUUCUUAGGGGUAAAUGAUGGUAUUCCUAAAAUAAUUCUCAGCCACUUUGAGCAAGUGGUUUUCCUACUGUAUUCUUUCACUGAAGACAAUCCUUUCCUCUGAUAUUAUAUUUAUUAAAUAAAUGGCCUCACCAUUAUGUGAGGUGGGUAGAGAUAGACUAUCUAUAACUUGUAAUUUCUGAACUGGAUAUUAACUUAUGGAACAAGACACUGGGUAUGGGGUUCAAGGAACAUUUAAUGUGGUGGUUCUUCAAAAUAUUUGCCCUGACCCUCUUGUAAUUGUUAGGACUGGUUUUGAUUUUCUGGGUGUCACCAAAUUCUCCUUGACUUUUAUCAGAAUUUGGCUUUGUUUCCUGUGAUUUUUAUCAUAUUUUAAUCCUGAUUAUUUUCUCUGUAUAUGUUUUAAGGGAAUAGAACAUUUGUAAAUAAAGGUUUUUAUCUUGUCCAAAGUCAGAUAUGGGUAAAGUACUCUUCUUUAUAAUAUGUAACUAUCAAAGAGUGAGAAAUUUCUGUUGGAAACUAUUUCAUGAGUAGAUAGGGAGUAGAUAGAUGAGAACAUUUGGUAGAUUGGUAGUAACAGGUCUUGGCUGCAAAGCCCAGCUUUGUGGGCCUAAAAGCUAAUAAUGGUCAGGCUCUAAUAUAUAAAAUACUUCUGUCAUAAAGGCAUUUGACAACUUCUAGUGCAUCAUGUUAAUUAAGGUAGCCUGUUAAUGGUUUGUAGGCUUUUUUGCUGCCUUAUAUUCUUCUUUACCCUCCAUUAAAAAAAAAAAAAAAAAAAAAAAACAAGUGUUUUUAAAUUGAAUAGACCAUCAUAGCAUUCUUUGUUCUGUCUUGGAGUAGCAAUUAUUUCCAUGCAGUUAAGUGGGGGUAAAGUGCUCUAUAUUGCUCAUUGUCAUUUAAAAAAAUCUAGUCUCAAUUCACAUUUCUAAAAUGGCGUUAAUUUAUCUCUUGCCUCCCAGCCAUAUCCAUUGCAGUACAAGGUCAACCACAAUUUGCAAUUUAGAAACAGGUAUAUUGUUAAACAUAUGCAAUGUACAGACCAGAAUUCUUUAAUUAUACUUGUCUUCUCAGACAUUGACCGCUCGUACUUUUAAGGUCUAUGACCUCUUCUUGACCCUGCUCCUCAGAGCCCACCCAUGUCAGCACUUGAGUGGAUCUGGUGCCAGACUAUUGCUUUCUCUCCCUCUCUCUCUGGGGGACUCCAGAGUACCACAAAGUUACUAAACCAGCAGGUGGCUACACAGACACUGUUG